AUGGACAUGGUGCCCGGCUUGCUCGUCACCCCGAAGGCCGAGGUGCUGGAGGACCUGCUGCGGGAGCAGUUCGGGCCACUGCCCCAGCUGGCCGCCAUCUGCCGGCUCAAGCGGCUGCCCUCGGGCGGCUACUCGUCCACCGAGGACCUGCAGUUGGUGCUGGAGCGACGGCGCGUGGCCAACGCCAAGGAGCGCGAAAGGAUAAAAAAUCUCAACCGUGGUUUUUCCAAACUGAAGGCAUUGGUGCCAUUUCUUCCUCAAAGCAGGAAGCCUAGCAAAGUUGAUAUUCUUAAAGGUGCAACUGAAUACAUACGAGUCCUCGGUGAUGUUUUGGGAAGAGCCAAAGACUCCGAGAAAGAAAACCCAGAUCAUCAGAACUAUAUCAACAGUACUUCCGAACCACGUAUAUCCACGGCUAAAGAGCAAUUGAGGAACAGCACUCAAUGUGAUGUGGGCUUGAAGAAUGAGGAGGAAGGGCCCUGGGCAGAUGGUGGCAGUGGUGAACCAGCAUGCACUUGUCGCCAGAGCGUGAUGUCUACAACUGGAGACUCCCCUACCAGGAGUAUGGAUAGAUUCCCAGAAGUAGAACUCCUGAGCCAUGGUUCCAAAUAUGAAAAGUGA